CUUUCAAUGUCACGUGUGCUUGCCUGUGUGAUUUCACUCAGCGGUCUGUUUUUCGAAAAAGUGCCCUUCUUGCACGAGACAGGAAGUUUGGUAGCAUUUCAUGGGUGACUGUCGGAGUAUUUAGUCAAGCAGACGUACUUGGGGUCGGAGACCACGCUACACAAUGUGCGACAACAUUACAGGCUAUGAGUUUCAAAUCAAGCUCCUUCCCCCAAUGUAUAGCAUUGAGAUGUGUGUGGCUCUUGUAGGGAAUAUAUUUGCCCUGUGGCUCCUGGUGACCAGAGAGAGGCAGAACUGGCACACCGGAGUAGUGUUCUCCUGUAACCUGGCCAUCUGUGACAUUCUUUAUGUCCUGACCUUGCCUUUGCUCAUCAUUUAUUAUGCCCGUGAGAAGCGUUGGCCCUUUGGAGAUGCAGGAUGCAAAAUCGAACGCUUCCUCUUCAACUGCAACCUCUAUGGCAGCAUUUACUUCAUCAUGUGCAUCAGCGUCAACAGAUACAUUGCUAUAGUUUUCCCAUUCUUCACCCGGAGCUACGUGCGCCCUAGACAUGCAAAGAUCGCAAGCGUGCUGACAUGGUUCAUAGUGAUCAUCGCUUCAUCGCCAGUCCUCAAAUUUGCUGGAACCGAAGUUAAAAAAAACACUCUUUGUACCUCAUGUCAUAAUGAAACCCAGACAAAAUCCCAUUUUAAGUACACCCUAUUUCUUGCAGUUGUAGGAUGCAUGAUUCCUUUGUUAGUUACCUUUGCGUCAUAUUUUGGUGUGAUUUGGACCGUUCUGAGAAAUAAAAACAUAACCACGCUAGAAAAGAGGAAGGUAGCUCUGAUGGUCUCUCUGGUCUGCAUCCUUUACGCCACGUCAUUUGUGCCCUACCAUUUACUGCAGACGUACAAUAAUUAUCUGAAGUCGAUUAAGACUGUGAACUGCAGGGUGUAUAAUUCUUAUCAAGUGUCAAAAGGCCUGGCCAUUCUGAAUAUGUGCUUGCAUCCGCUUCUAUACAUGGCUGUGUUUGACAGCAUACGAACAGUUUGCUGUGGAAAGAGUUCAGAUGACGAACCUUGAUACAGUAUCUUGGGCAAAACCUCACACUGUGGCUUCCUGGAUGUAAAUUAAGUGCAGUGUUUUUGUUGAUGCUUUUACUCUGCUUCUGCACAUCUGCAAGCAACAAACCAACUAAAAAAAUUAUUAUCUUUGUGUCAUUUCUGUGUUCAAAAGCAAGCAAGAACAUAUCUGACAGUACAAACUGACUAUUAAAAUGUGUGUAAUGUAUUUGAAGCUGCAAAAAAGCCAAUGACAGAUAUUUAAGAUAAGACUGGCUCUGUUUUUUUUUUUAAGUUAAUUUAUUUAAUUAAGUACAUAUUUUUCCAAAAUGGUGGUUUUGGGGUACAUUGGUCUCCAAAAUGAUUUCAGACCUUUGUGAUAUAAAAUAUUACUUUUAUUGUACGUCAUAGCUGGUAUUUCUUAAGGAUUGUUCAAAGACAAUCCUUAAGACAACAAGACAGCUAAAAGGAAGACAGAAAUAAUCUACAGAACUGAGACCUAAAUUCCUGAUUAAAUAACAUUAGUGCGAUAAAGGCGUAAUGCAUAACUAAAGUAAAGUCAAGUUUGUUACUGAUUUCCCAAUAGAUAUUGGUUAAAAAAGCAGCUUCAGAGAAAUCAUGCCAUCUAAAGCUCAGACAAGCGCCUGCUCAGGCAAGAUAAGUAAAUAUGUGACCUUGGACCACAAAACCAGUCAUAAGGGACAAAAUUUUGACAUUGAAGUUUAUACAAAAUCUGAAAGAUGAAAGUUAAAUAAGCUUUCCAUUGAUGUAUGGUUUGUUAGGAUAGCACAAUAUUUGGCUGAGAUCCAACUAUUUGAAAAUCUGUAUAUCUGCAAUAAAGCGAAAUUUAUACCACUAUAGAAAAGUUUUCAGAGUCCUUGACUUGCAAAUAUGAAAUUCACGAAAUCUCCACUGGAGAAAGAAAUGCAUUUACAGAUUAUAUAAUCAGGUAGGCUAGUAGCAUAUCUGAUUUCGUUUUGAAUAGGCAAGCUUUCUUUAGAUUUAUUUCUUAUGUAUGUAAGGCACCCAAAUUUUAAGUUUGUUUCAUUAUCAAAAAAAAAAUGCAAGUAAUCGCGCAGGCGCCUCCCUGUCAUGCUUGAGCAUUAAUUCGUUUCCGAACAAACAUUUGAAUAUGGAUAAUAGCUUAGAGCACAUUUAUAUUAGGUUAACACUAGAGUGUGGGAUCCGCAUUAAAAUAAAUAAAACAGAUGUAGUUAUAACCUGCAAAUUGAAGGCUGUAUAAUAACGGGAUGAUGUCGAUGCCGCUCCAAUUUGUUGUUGUUGUUGAAACUUGUUUCAAUGACUCUCAUAAACCCGUUUUAAUAAAUCGCUAAUGCAUUAAAUAAUAAAGAUAUCAAACAGGAUAAGUUACUGAAUAUUGUACACAUAUAAAUAUUUAUAAAACGAUAGACUGCGAAUAAGAUUACAGUUUCACAUUUUGCAACUGCAUCUGCGAUUAGUUUUAACAUGCAGUGAUACAAAAUAACACCAAACAAGAUUUGUAAUGAAGAAAAAAUAUUUAGACAAACAAGAAUGAAUGAUGUUACUCCACAGCACAUCUCUUGCGCGUUGCAGCAGCACGUAAAUCUUGCUCUCUACAUGAAUGCAGCACACAGCGACACAAGUUUUGUGUAAAACAUAAGAUAAGAUAAGAUUUAAUAUGAAGCGUCCGUAACGGUCACGUCCGUAACGCAUUAUAUGAUUGAUAAGAGCAAAGAAUAGAGAUGAGCUGUCCCAGCAAGCAAUUUUUGGUCUAAAAAAUGUAUAUUAGCCGUUGAAACACAGCCUAGACGUCUAGGCUAAAAUAAGGUUGUCAUUGGGCUGUCAGUGAAAAUUUAAUAGACGUCUAAACAUAGCCCUAGAAUAGACUAUA